AACCCAACAUGUCCUGGGCCUCCUCUGACCAGGCUGACACCAGCAGCCUCCUGCCCUUCUCACCCAGCCCACUUCAUGUUGCUGCUGCUGCUGCCGCCUCUGCCGCCUCAACGAUGGAUUUGUCGGUGCCCGAACUGCCACAGCAGCCGCCCUCAAGUAAUGGCGAGGUGGUGGAACUGCUGCCCGUCGGCAGUGCUGUUGAGGAUCAACUCCAGCUUCCUCCAACCCGUGGUCGGGGUCGUGGCGGUGGUGCCGGCGGUGGU